AAAAUUUGUUACUAAAAGUGACAGUUUGUUGAUGAUAUAGAGGGCCAAAUAAGUUGUGGUCGAAUUUGAACUUUAUAUCACAAAUAAAUAAGGAUGAAUAAAGCUGCGUCCACGAACUUUAUACACAAAACAAUCCACCAGUGCACCCAACCAGUGGAAGUGCGGUUUAAUAUUAAUGCGGUAUCCGGUUUUGUCUUUCUUGUCAAAUGGAGGUUAAAAACGAAUCGAGUCAAUUUGACAUCAGCAAAACAUGUCGGGCUUGUCUCGCCGAGAAGGAAGUGAUGCAAUCCAUCUUUAUGCCUGAGGAAUCAAUUGGGCAAACGUUACAUUUAGCUGAAAUGAUUAUGAAUUUCACCAAUGUACAGAUUCAAACAGGAGAUGGUCUUCCUUCCCUAAUAUGUUUAGAUUGCGUUCAUCAAGUAACAAGAGCAUUUUCAUUUAAACAAUUAUGUGAACAAUCAGAUACAAAUUUACGACAAUUCAUAGAGAAACCAGCAGCUAUAAAAGAAGAAGUAAAAGAAGAAGAAAUCGAAUUCUCUAAUUAUUCGGUAUUUGUAGAGUGUGUGACAAUGGAUGAUUCAUCAGAUAACUACCAUGAUGACAAGGAUGGUUUCCCAAAAACAUUUAUUUUACCGGAAGAUCCUUUAGAUCCAGCGAAUGAAAACCAUGUCACUCAAACACGAUUAAAGGAAGCCAAAUUAAUUAAUAAUAAAUUAAGAAAAAAAGUUUUAACGAAAUCGGAAAAGGUUAUGUUAAAUAAAACGAAAAAAAUAGCGAAUCAAUGCCAUAUUUGUAAAAAGCAGUUCAUUAAUUUAUAUUCGUUUAAGAACCACUUAACAUCUCACAUUGAAGGUUUCCCUUUUAAAUGUAAAGUUUGUCCGAGAUCUUUUAAGAAUAAAUACCACUGCAAUAGUCAUAUGAUAACUCAUAUUCCCGAUGAACAAAAACCCCACAAAUGUGAAGUAUGCAAAAAACGAUUUACCCAACAAUCUUCAUUAAAUAAACACAUGUUAAAACAUAGCGCAAAAAAAUCGGUUGUUUGUAAAAUAUGCAAUAAAGCGUGUUACACCGAAGCUGCUUUGUUAAAACAUAUGAAAAUUCACGAGAAAAAAGAAGGCGAUCCUGAUUUACUAAAACACAUUUGUGAUUAUUGUAAAACUGAAUUUCCGGAUUCCGUUACGUUAGAUGUUCACAUUAAACAACACACAGGAGAUAGACCGUUUCUGUGUAAUGUUUGUGGGAAAUCAUAUUCGCAAAGAUACAGUUUAGAGGUACAUUUAAGAAGUCAUACCGGAGAAAAGCCAUUUCCUUGCGAAAUCUGCCAAAAUAAUUACGUUUCAAAGGCAAGUUUAAGAGGUCACAUGAGAACACAUACCGGAGAAAGGCCAUUUACUUGCGAAAUAUGCCAAAAUAAAUACGUUUCAAAGACAACUUUAAAAAUUCACAUGAGAACUCAUACAAAUGAGAGACCAUUUCCUUGCGAAGUUUGUGGAAAAGCUUUUCGGCAAAAGGGUGACUUAACAAGUCAUAAAAGUAUACAUGGAACUGAAAAACCCAUUGAGUGUAAUAUUUGUGAAAAAAGAUUUCUAAGCGUGAGGAAACUAAAAUAUCACAUGAGAAAUCACACAGGAGAACACAAACAUAAUAAUAAUAAUAAUACAGGGCAGAAUGUUCCAGAAAGCACUCAUAAUAAUAAAGAAUUUUGUAAAAUUAAAUUUAUACCAACAUUAACAAAUAAGAUUCAAACAGGAGAUGGUCUUCCUUCUCUAAUAUGUUUAGAUUGCAUUCAUCAAGUAACAAGAUCGUUUUCAUUUAAACAAUUAUGUGAAGAAUCAGAUACAAAUCUACGACAAAUUAUAGAGAGAUCACCAGUUCUAAAAGAAGAACUAAAACAGGAAGAAAUCGAAGUCUCUGAUUAUUCGGUAGUUGUAGAGAGUGGUACAAUGGAUGAUUCAUCAAAUACAUCAGAUCCUUUAGAUCCAGCGAAUGAAAUCCUUAUCGCUCAACUACAAUUACAGAAGACAAUCAAAAUAAUUAAUAGUAAAUUAAAAGAAAACGUUUUAACGAAAUCGGAUGAGGUUAUGUUGAAUGAAACGAAAAAAUUAGCGAAUCAAUGUGAUGUUUGUAAAAAGCAGUUCAUUAAUUUGCAUUCGUUUAAGAAGCACUUAAAAACUCACAUUGAAGAUUGCCCUUUUAAAUGUAAAGUUUGUCCGAGAUCUUUUACAAAAAAAUACUACUGCAAUAAUCAUAUGACAACUCAUAUUCCCAAUGAACAAAAACCCCACAAAUGUGAUGUAUGCAAAAAACGAUUUCCCUAUCAAUCUUUAUUAAAUAAACACAUGUUAAAACAUAGCACAGAAAAACCGUUUGUUUGUAAAAUAUGCAAUAAAGGGUGUUAUGCCGAAAACAGUUUGUCAAAACAUAUGAAAAUUCACGAGAAAAAAGAAGGCGAUCCUGAUUUACUAAAACACAUUUGUGUUUAUUGUAAAAGUGAAUUUCCAGAUGCAGUAACAUUAGAUGUUCAUAUUAAACAGCACACAGGAGAUAGACCGUUUCUCUGUACAGUUUGCGGGAAAUCGUUUGAGGAAAGAUACAAGUUAGACUUACAUUUAAGAAGUCAUACCGGAGAAAAGCCAUUUACUUGCGAAAUAUGCCAAAAUAAAUAUGUUUCAAAGGCAAAUUUAAACGUUCACAUGAGAUCGCAUACAAAUGAGAGACCAUUUGCUUGCGAAUUUUGUGGAAAAGCUUUUAGGCAUUCCAGUGUCUUAACAAGACAUAAAAGAUUACAUGGAACUGAAACACCCAUUGAGUGUAAUAUUUGUGUAAAAAGAUUUACAAGCGUAAUGCAACUAAAAUAUCACAUGAGAAAUCACACAGGAGAACGUCCCUACGUUUGUAAUGUUUGUGGAAGAGGUUUCACAGUGAACACAAUAUUAGUAAGACACCUGAGAACACAUACCGGAGAAAAGCCGUAUGUUUGCGCUAUUUGUGGAAAAGCCUUUGCGCGAUCAAGUACUUUAACUAGUCAUAUGAAGGUUCAUGCAGCAUCCCCAAAACAUAACAACCCAACCCAACCCAACACCAACACAAACGAUAUACAUCGUAAAGCAUCAACCCAAAUAUACCCAACCAACUCAAGAUCAAAGAAAUCAAGAUAAUUGACAUAUUAUUAUUUUUUAGGUAUAUACAGUGGUCCAUUUAACAUUGUACAUAAAAAUGAACCAACUGAAAGUUUUUCU